AUGGGAUCCCAAGUCACCGGUUGGGGGACUGAGAUGGAGACUUACUCGACGUCAACAGAGAUGGGAGAUAUUCUCUCUCCUAUUGCAGAUGCUACAUGGCUUUGGCAGCCAAUCAAAUGGUCCUGGUGGAUAUCAUUUCAAGUGAUAUCCUCUCUCCUGGGAGUGGUAGGCAACCUCCUGGUAAUGAUCUUGAUCCUAGGAGGUCGCCACCUCAGGAGUUCUUCUGAUGUUCUCAUAGGACACCUGGCCCUGGCUGACUUCCUGACCUCCGUGUUUAUGUUCCCUCUUCCCAGGGCAGAACACGUUCCGUCCACACCUUUGGCGGAGGCCUACUGCAGAUUCAUCUUCACCUCGUUCUUCAUGUGGUUGUCCAUCUUCAUGUCCAUCAUGAUUCUGAUGGUGAUAUCCCUAGAGCGAUUCGUAGCCAUCGUGUACCCGUUGCACUUCCAGCGCUUUCGCCGUCGAAGGUACGUCACCAAGCUCAUUCUGUGCCUUUGGGCGUUGUCUAUCGCUGCAAACGUCCACAUCGUGGUCAACAUGAGCGUCGACGGCAAAUCGCGGCAAUGCAGGGUCAAGCACACCUCACGGAAUUGGCAGAUUGUUACUGGUGUCAUCAUCUUCCUGAUCACAUUUGCGAUACCAGCGUCAGUCAUGAUCAUCACACAGGUCAUCGCGGCUAGAACCCUCAAAGCGCAGUCUCGACGUUUCGACGGCGCCUUGUCCAACAUAUCUAACGGCUCAAACAGUCUCAUUCUUGCAAGGAACAGGCUCCUGCACAUGCUCUAUCUGGUCAUUGCCAUCUUCAUCGUCUGCUGGGGACCGAACAACAUUGCCUAUUUCCUGUACAACCUCCACGUCUUGGACCAGAGCUAUCUUUAUGGACCUGUUGAUAGGAUCCUGGUAGUGGUUGCAUUUUACAACUCUUGCGCCAAUCCCAUUGUCUACGCAAUCAGGUACCCGAGAUUCCGCCGAGCAAUCCGUCGGUUGCUGUCCUGUGCACCAGUAAACAGUGGCACCCUCUUCGAUUUUAAUGCAACUUCAGCAACUGGUCGGCAGGACCAAACACUUAAUCACACAGUGAUGAAUACGGUAUCAAAUAAUCUGUCUCGUGCUUGA